AUGACCCUCGCCCUCCCCUCCAUCGUCUCUGCUGCUGCAGGCGACCUCGCCUCCGGCACCCAGUUCGAUGCCGUCAUCGCCGUCUACCCCUCCGUCUCAGAGGAGCUCGUCUCGGCCUUCAGCUCUAUCACCGCCUAUACCGCCAUCGACAAGUCUUUUGGCUCCGCUUUGACUCUUGUCGCCGAUCAGAAGGUCGCCGGCGGUCGUCUCAUCCUUGCCCCCACUGGCUCCUUGACCGGCGACUCAGAUGACGUCCGCAAGUUCCAGGAGGUCACCAAGGCUGCCAUGAAGCGCGCCAUUGCGGCUGGUGCCGUUGCUCCACUCUUCUACUUCCCCGCCAACAUCGCCGCCGACAACGAGGACUACUCCCACUUUGUUGAGGUCUCGCUCCUUGGUGCCCUCGCUGCCUGCUUCGACCCCAUUGAUGUCCGUGAGCACUACGAGAAGAUUGGCAAGACUUACACUGUCCAGAAGAUUGGUUUCCAUUCUGCUGGUGUUGAGUUCUCUGCUGACCGUCUUGCCUUUGUCAACGCUGUCGAGGUUGGUCGCCGUGUCGCCAAGGAUCUCGGAAGCCCCAACUGCGAGCGUAUGACCCCCAUCAAGUUCGCCGAGUAUGUACAGGAGUACUUCAAGUCCCAGUCGGUCAUCAAAACUUCCGUUAUGGAGGACAUCAAGGUUAUCGAGAAGGAGUACCCCUUACUUCAUGCCGUUGCCCGUUGCUCCUUGUCUGUCCCCAGACACUUCCCUCGCGUUGUCAAGCUGGAGUACAGAUCGGAUGAGCCGUCCAAGGUCAAGGAACACCUUUACUUUGUCGGAAAGGGCGUUACUUACGAUACCGGCGGAGCUGAUAUCAAGGCUGGCGGUGUUAUGAGAGGCAUGUCCCGCGAUAAGUGCGGUGCUGCCUCCGUUGCUGGAUUCAUGGCCACUGUCGCCGAGCUCAAGCCCAAGCAUGUCAAUGUCACCAUCUUCCUCGGAUUGGUUCGCAACUCUGUCGGUUCCAACGCCUAUGUCAGUGACGAGAUCAUCUACUCUCGCAGCGGAAAGCGUGUUCUCGUCGGAAACACCGAUGCCGAGGGUCGCAUGGUCAUGACCGACCCCCUCUGCCAGUGCAAGGAGCUCGUUUUGGCUGAGCGCAAGGCCGGCAACAAUGUCCCUGUCCGUCUCUUUACCGUCGCCACUUUGACUGGUCACGCUAUCCGUGCUUACGGUCCUUACGGUAUUUGCCUCGAUAACGGCCCUGCCCGCAAGGCCAACAUCAGCCCUCGUAUCCAGGCUGGAGGACACAUUUUGGGUGAUCCCUUCGAGGUCUCGACCCUGCGCCGUGAGGAUUACGCCUAUAUUGCCCCUGGAGCUGCCUCGGAGGAUGUUGUCCAGGCCAACGACAAAGCCUCGAGCGCCACUGCCCGUGGUCAUCAGUACCCCAUGGCUUUCAUGUCCGUCGCCUCUGGAUUGGACAGCUUUGGUUUGGACAAGGAGAAGAAGGACCAGAUCGCCUACACUCACGUCGAUAUCGCUGGUUCUGCCGAGGAGUUGUCUGGCACUGGUUUCAGCUUGCCCGAGGUCACCGGCAACCCCGUCCCUGCCUUUGCCGCCACCUUCUUGCUGUAA